GGGAGCCCGAGUCCCGUGACAGCGAUCAGGCUGUGGCUGAGACCGGUCGGGCCGUACUUUGUUUGCCUUCGCUGCUUCUGCUCGCUACAGCCUACCCCAAGUUUUCUCCACCACACUUCCCCACCUCAGAAUUUGCUCAACAGGGAUAUUUCUGGCUCUUGUUUGCGAUGUCUUUCUAUAGAUAACGCUCGCCAUGUCGCACGGACACUCGGAGAUCGCGGACAUCGAAUUCUUCUGUCGCGUGACAAACCACGUCGCUGUUCUCGACGGCGCGUGAUUGGAAUAUUUAGAGUCACCGAAACGAGUCUAUUUGUGGCGAGUUGCGUGUGCUACAGCAUAUGGACGCGAGCCUCACCGACGACCCCACGUCGAGGAUGAAUGUGGAUGCGCAUGGGGGGUACAGCAGCUAAUUGGGGACCAAAGGAGGCAUCCUCUCAACGUCGCUCUCCAGCACUAGCCAAAGCCAAAGCACAAUGUUCUUCGCCUCUGCCCUCGUCUCCCUCCUGCUCGCCAGCACCGCCCUCGGCCGCCCCAGCAUCGCAAGCCGCCAGACCCGCCGCCGCUCCGGCCCGCUCAUCCCCUCGAACGGCCCCGCGGCGAAUCUGAUCAACAACACGACGGUCUCGCACGUGAAGUACAGCCAGAACUGGGCCGGCGCGAGUCUCGAGAGCCCGUCGGGCACGUACACGUCGGUCAAGGGCACGUUCACCGUGCCGACCCCGAAGGCGCGCGGAUCCGGCAGCCAUGCGGCGUCGGCGUGGGUCGGCAUUGACGGCGACACGUGCGCGAGCGGAAUCAUGCAGACCGGGAUCGACUUCACCAUCGACGGCAGCCGCGCGUCGUACGACGCCUGGUACGAGUACUACCCCGCCGUGUCCUCUGACUUCACCGGCUUCUCCGUCAAGGCGGGCGACGUGAUCACCCUCGUGGCCACCAAGACCUCCUCGACCUCCGGCAGUGUUUCGAUCACCAACGAAACCACCGGCAAGAGCGUCCACAAGACCCUCACCGGCAGCCACAAGCUGUGCGGCAAGAACGCCGAGUGGAUCGUCGAGGACUUUGAGGAGGGAAGCUCGCUCGUGCCGUUCGCCGACUUUGGCACGGUCACUUUCACCGGUGCCAAGGCUACUCUGGCCUCGGGCGGAACUGUCGGACCGAGCGGUGCCCAACUGCUCGACAUUGAGCAGAGCAGCGUUCUCACCUCGGUCAGCGCCACCAGCGACUCGGUCACCAUCCGCUACGUUUGAGCCUAGAACACCGUCUGCGAGUAUCCUUUUGGCCAUGUAGAGAUACUCUCAUUGUAUGAUACGCUUCCGUCUGCCAGUAGGAAUCUUUCUGUUCAUGUAAAGACACUUCUGUUCUUUCGAGAAAUCCAAAAAAUUGUUUCUAUGA